CGGAGAACUAAACCUGUGAAUUUUCAAUAAAACGUGUUUUUCCAUUCAAGAAAAAUGACCAUCAUGAAACCACUAAACCGCGGUCUAUUGUUCUUCUUUCUAAUUCCAAACCAUCUACUAACCUCCAUAGCUAUUUCGAUUGACACCAUCACUCCCACACGUCCCCUCGCAGAAAACCAAACUUUAGUCUCCGCCGAGAAGCUCUUUGAACUAGGAUUCUUCACUCCUGGCAACUCCGGCAAACGGUAUGUUGGGAUAUGGUACAAGAAACUAAAACAGAGAACAGUCGUUUGGGUCGCAAACAGAGACAAACCACUCACGAAUUCCCCUGGAUUCUUGAAAAUUGGUGAAGAUGGGGGAAUCCAUUUGGUAGACAGCAUAGGCGAUUCUAUCUGGUCAUCACUGAAUCAGACAAAUCUCCCGGUUCCAAGAAACAACACGGGUAUUGCUCAGCUCCUAAAUUCUGGGAACUUUGUUCUUCGCCAAGAAAAUGAUGAAAACACAGAGGAUUACCUCUGGCAAAGCUUUGACCACCCGACAGACACACUCUUACCUGGAAUGAAGCUAGGAUGGGAUUCAAAAACUGGGCUUAAUCGAUAUAUUACAUCCUGGAGAAGCCUAAUCGAUCCAUCGGAAGGGGAUAUAAGCUUCAAGCUGGACAUCAAUGGCUACCCAGAAGCAUUCUUGAGAAAUAAAGAUUCAAUCUUGUACAGGAGUGGAGGCUGGAAUGGGAAGCGAUUCAGCGGAGUCCCAGAAAUGGAAGAAGAAGGAGUCAUCAGUUUCUCCUUUAAGAGGACGGAGGACGAAGUUUACUACUCAUUCAAGAUCCAAAAUGAAACGUUGUAUUCAAGAUUGAUAGUGAACCAAACAACAGGGUAUCUGGAGAGGUACACGUGGGUCGCGGAGAGCCUCCUUUGGAACCGAUUUUGGUACGCGCCGAAAGAUCCAUGCGACCAUUACAGAGAAUGCGGUGCCUUUGGUGUAUGCGACACCCAGAAGUCACCUGUUUGCAGGUGUUUGGUCCCCGGGUUUAAGCCCCGAAACCAGCAGGCUUGGGGUUUGCGGGAUGGGUCGGGCGGGUGCACUCGGGUCGACAAAUUGGAAUGCGAAGGGGAUGGGUUUUUGGCACUGCACUAUAUGAAGUUGCCGGAGAGUGGGGGUGCCUUUGUGGAUGAGAAGAUGAGUUUAGAUGAGUGUAAGGGGACGUGCCUGAAGAAUUGCUCCUGCACGGCUUAUAGCAACGCCAAUGUCAGCAAUGGCGGGUCGGGUUGCGUAAUAUGGUCGACGGAGCUUCUGGACAUGCGCAAUUCUUCUUCUGUAGGUGACCAAGUUCUUUACGUUCGUGUGGCUGCUUAUGAUGCAGAACAAAAUGGGAAUGCUCCAAAAGCCCGAGAUAGGUUUGGCAAGAAAAAAUUGAUAACAUUGGCAUGUGGCAUUAUACUUGGGAUUGGAGUUAUUCUGUCUGGGUUGUUUUUGUGGAAGAGAAGAAGAUCACGGAGAGCUGUUGCGGCAAAUAUAUACCUCGGAGGCGUUGGAAAAAGAAGUGAAGAUCUACUAAUGGUUGAAACUCCUAUCAUAAAUAAGAGAGAGCUUUCUGGUGAAAGAAUUAUGACAGACGAGUUUGAAUUACCUUUAUUCGAUUUAAGCACCAUCUUCGAAGCAACGAGCAAUUUCUCCAAAGAAAAUAAGCUUGGGCAAGGUGGUUUUGGCUCUGUCUACAAGGGAACACUCAUUGGCGGUGAAGAAAUUGCAGUGAAAAGGUUAUCGGAGAAAUCUAGACAAGGAGUAGAAGAAUUCAAAAAUGAGCUCAGAUUGAUUGCAAGACUCCAACAUAGAAACCUUGUCCGGCUUCUUGGUUGUUGUGUUGAUAACGAGGAGAAAAUUUUGGUAUACGAAUACAUGGAAAACAAAAGCUUGGAUUCUCUUUUAUUUGAUAAACACAAAAGCUCACUACUAGACUGGAAAAGGCGUUUCAACAUCAUCUAUGGGAUUGCUCGUGGACUUUUAUAUUUGCAUCAAGACUCGAGGUUUAGAAUUAUCCAUAGAGAUCUUAAAGCAAGCAAUGUUCUCUUGGAUAAAGAGAUGAAUCCUAAAAUAUCAGACUUUGGCAUGGCUAGAAUAUUUGGAGGUGACGAAACAGAUGCCAACACUACAAAGAGAGUAGUCGGAACAUAUGGGUAUAUGUCACCAGAAUAUGCAAUGGAUGGACAAUUCUCGGUGAAAUCUGAUGUUUUUAGCUUCGGAGUUCUAGUGCUUGAAGUAGUUAGCGGAAAGAAGAAUAGAGGAUUCUAUCAACAAAACGAAAAAGAAAACCUACUUGGCUUUGCUUGGAGUUUGUGGAGAAAAGAAAGAGCAUUGGAACUACGCGAUUCAGCUAUGGCAUUAGAAUCAGAUUCAGGAUAUGAGGUAGAUCAAGUCAUAAAAAGUAUACAGGUGGGUUUGCUAUGUGUGCAGGAGAAAGCUGAAGAUAGACCAACUAUGGCAGCUGUGAUAUUGAUGUUGAGAAGUGAAGGGGCUUUACUUCCCCAUCCUAAACCGCCUGGGUUUUGUGUGAUGGAUAAUAGGCAUGUUAAACCAGAUUCAUCUUCUAUUGUUGAUAAUGUUGAUCAAACUUUGAACAAACUUACAAUCACCAAUUUGGAUGGUAGAUAAUGAAUGAUUCAUUACUGUGUUUGUUUAUUUUUGUUACCAUAGUUACUACACAAUUUUGAGAAUUGAAUGAUUUAUUGAAUGUUUGGAAUUUAGUAAUUAAAUACUUCUAGAUUA